UGCGCAGUGGCGUGGGGAGGAGCAGGGACCUAGCUUUGGACUGGGAGGCUGAGAGCAAGCCUUGGACCGGGCGGGCUGCGGGCGCGUGCACUAUGGGGGAGAAACCCGGGACCAGGUACUCCAGCAGUCUUUGGAGCUGGAGACCAGAGAAGAUGGAAAGCGGGGUCUUCAAGAAGUCGAGCCCUAACUGCAAGCUCACUGUGUACUUGGGCAAGCGGGACUUCGUAGAUCACCUGGACAAAGUGGAUCCUGUAGAUGGCGUAGUGCUUGUGGACCCUGACUACUUGAAGGACCGCAAAGUGUUUGUGACCCUCACCUGCGCCUUCCGCUAUGGCCGUGAAGACCUGGAUGUGCUGGGCUUGUCCUUCCGCAAAGACCUGUUCAUCGCCACCUACCAGGCCUUCCCCCCAGUGCCCAACCCGCCCCGGCCCCCCACUCGCCUUCAGGACCGGCUGCUGAGGAAGCUGGGCCAACAUGCCCACCCUUUUUUUUUCACAAUACCUCAGAAUCUACCCUGCUCUGUCACCCUACAGCCAGGCCCAGAGGACACAGGGAAGGCCUGCGGGGUAGACUUUGAGAUUCGAGCCUUCUGUGCCAAAUCAGUAGAAGAGAAAAGCCACAAAAGGAAUUCUGUGCGUCUGGUGAUCCGAAAGGUGCAGUUUGCCCCAGAGAAACCCGGCCCCCAGCCUUCAGCUGAAACUACACGUCACUUCCUCAUGUCUGACCGGUCCCUGCACCUUGAGGCUUCCCUGGACAAAGAGCUGUACUACCACGGGGAGCCCAUCAGUGUCAAUGUGCACGUUACCAACAACUCCACCAAGACUGUCAAGAAGAUCAAAGUCUCUGUGAGACAGUACGCCGACAUCUGCCUCUUCAGCACCGCCCAGUACAAGUGUCCCGUGGCUCAGAUCGAACAAGAUGACCAAGUAUCCCCCAGUUCCACAUUCUGCAAGGUGUACACCAUAACCCCACUGCUCAGUGACAACCGGGAGAAGCGUGGUCUUGCCCUGGAUGGGAAGCUCAAGCAUGAGGACACCAACCUGGCUUCCAGCACCAUCGUGAAAGAGGGUGCCAACAAGGAAGUGCUGGGGAUCCUGGUGUCAUACAGGGUCAAGGUGAAGCUGGUGGUGUCUCGAGGCGGGGAUGUCUCGGUGGAACUGCCUUUUGUUCUUAUGCACCCCAAGCCCCAUGACCACCACAUCACUGUCCCCAGACCCCAAUCAGCUGCUCCUGAAAUGGAUGCCCCUGUGGACACCAACCUCAUUGAAUUUGAUACCAACUAUGCCACAGAUGACGACAUCGUAUUUGAGGACUUUGCCCGGCUUCGGCUGAAGGGGAUGAAGGAUGAGGACUAUGACGACCAGUUCUGCUAGGAAGGGGGGCUGGAAGAAGGGAGUGGAUGGUGCUGGGAGAGGUAGGGGCAGGACCAAGAUUCCCACGGUCACUAGGGAGUGGGUCCCUGCCUCUUUUCCUUUCCUCUCUACCCAGCAGCUUCCUCAACCAAUCCCUUCCCUCCUUUCCUCUCCCAUCCCCACCAGAUACGCACUGGACCUAUCUCUUGUUGAACAUGGGCAUUAAUUUUUUGACUACAGCUGUGCUUCCCCAACCUUCCAAUGGGGGGCAAGCUGUGUUCAUACCUAAACUUUUUGGAGGGGGACACUGAAAAGAGGAGUGAUAGUAGGAAAAGAGGGAAGAAAGAACUGCCACGUUCAACCUCACACCAACACUCCCUCUUGUCACUGUCUGCCUCCCAUUCCUUCAAGCUGAGACCCUUUACAGGGACAAGGCCACUUCUUUGUUUCUGAGCAUAAAGAAUAAACCUUUUAGUAGGCAUGUGUGUGUUUCCUAUGCAGUGUAUGAGGAAUGUGCUCAUCCAUGAGUCUGCUAGCCUGUAGGUGAGGACCUAAUCUUUCCUCUCUACCCACAUGGCACAAUAAAUGUUUAUUGAAUGA